GUUGAAAAAUGUUUUAUUAUCAGCUCGAUCAAUGAGUUGGCAAAAAUGCAGAGAAAUUAAAUGAUUGCAAUGAAUAGAAAUAGAAAUGAAAAACAUUUAGUGUGAAUAAUCGAGUCAUCAUCGAUUAAAUCUGAUCAAAUUGUUGUUUCACCAGUGACAAAAAGUUGAACGUCGUCAUGCGCUUCGUUGUCCAAACCAAAUUGCAUUUUGAAUGAUAAUUUGAAUUUGAAAAUUGUUCCAUUGUACCAUACGAUUUUGCUUUGGAAUAAAAAAAAAAAAUAAAAUCCAUCCAACUCUCUUAUUAAUAAUUAGCAUUAACGCAUUUUGUUUUUGCUUGGCCAUUGGUCUCUAAAAUGAUGAUAAAUACAAAUACAGAUUAGUUAUUGGCAAAAUUAGCAAAAUUCUGAAACUUAAUUUUCCGAGCACUGUUCAUAGACAAUGUACACUUUCAUGAUUUGGAUACAAUCAUCAGCUGUGCUGGGUGAAUGGAUAAUGGAUACAUGAAACUUGAUAUGCAUGCCAAGUGAAACCAGUUUAUCAGCAUACAAUCAUGAGGCCUUCAACUGAACAAACCGUAUCGCACAGGAUGUUUAAACUGUUGGAAAUGUUGAAAGGUCACAAGCGAAAAUUGAUGACUACUAAACGACUACGGUGGUUAUAUGUGCCGACAUCGUUUGGACUCAUUUUAAUGUUGCUCGGUCAAGUGCGUAAAGUGCGUAGAAAAGACGACCAGAAUGUUUACAAGCCACUACCGUUUGAAGUGUCCAUGUAUCGGAUGCUUCCGUUACGAACACUGUCAAGAGUGUGGGGAUGGAUCAAUUCGAUUGAACUACCACAACCAGUACGAAUACCGAUUCUACAAUCUUACGCAGCUGCCUUUGGCUGUGAUCUGGACGAAGCACUGAUUCAAGAUUUCAAACAAUACAAGAAUCUCAACGAAUUCUUCAAAAGAGAACUAAAGCCCGGUCUGCGACCUAUCGCCGGCCAAGAACACGACGUCGUUUCACCCUGUGAUGGAACAGUGUUGCAUAUGGGUCUGGCCAAAGAUGGUCUUCUCGAACAGGUAAAAGGCAUCACAUACACGAUGGAAUCGUUCUUGGGCCCCAUCACCUGGAAAUCGUGCCAAGUAUCGGAACGCAGCGAUACAUACCAGCAAUGUCUGCUACAGAACCAGAAUACUGAUCUAUAUCACUGUGUCAUUUAUCUGGCUCCAGGUGAUUACCACAGAUUUCAUUCUCCAGUCAACUGGACAGUCAAGUAUAGACGUCAUUUCCCGGGAAAACUGUACUCUGUACGUCCAACAUUCGCUUCAUGGUUUCCGAACCUGUUUUCGGUCAACGAACGGGUUGCAUAUGUCGGUGAAUGGCAAUAUGGAUUCUUUGCCAUGGUUCCGGUAGGUGCAGUCAACGUUGGCUCAAUGAGAAUCUACUUUGAUCCAGAACUGCGGACAAAUCGAACGCAAAUGUUACUUUCGGCCGCCGCACACUACGAAGAGAAACCAAUGAAUCAGCAGUGGCAAAGGGCGAAUCCAUUCGGCGAAUUCAAUCUCGGCUCGACCAUUGUGUUGAUAUUCGAAGCACCGAAAUCGAUGCGAUUCCAGAUUGAACAAUCGAUGAAAAUCAAAUACGGCCAACUCAUUGUUGAUGUGCGUAAUUCUAAUGAUGAUUGUCAAUAACACAUUGACCAUUUAAUGAGAAAACAAUAAAACAAAUACAGCUAAACUUUA